UCACUUCCUCGAACAAGAAUUUAUUUCAUCAUCGUGUUGAAAACUAUCAUAAAAUAAUGGAUAGCUCACACCGAGCAUUGCGACCGAGAAAGAACCCAAUUACUGAUGAAUUCAAUAUAUCAGGAACAGUUCUAGGCCUUGGAAUAAAUGGGAAAGUAGUAGAAUGCUUCUCCAAAGCUACGGGUGAAAAGUUCGCCCUCAAGGUUUUACGGGAUGUUCCGAAAGCAAGACGAGAGGUGGACCUCCAUUGGAGGGCAUCGACCUGCAGACAUAUUGUGAAUAUAGUACAAGUUUAUGAAAAUAUCCAUGGAGGGCAAAGAUGUCUACUUGUUGUUAUGGAAUGUAUGGAGGGUGGUGAAUUAUUCACAAGGAUACAGGAACGAGCAGAUGCAGCUUUCACAGAAAGAGAGGCAGCAGCCAUUAUUACCGACAUAGCCAAAGCCAUUGAUUAUUUACACUCGCUGGAUAUUGCACACAGAGACCUCAAGCCAGAGAACUUACUUUACACUAAGCCUGGUGACGAUGGGAUCCUGAAGUUAACAGAUUUUGGGUUUGCUAAAGAAAUCCAGGCACAUAAGUCAUUACAAACCCCAUGUUAUACGCCGUAUUAUGUAGCCCCAGAAGUAUUAGGACCUGAGAAAUAUGAUAAAUCAUGUGACAUGUGGUCAUUAGGAGUUAUCAUGUAUAUAUUAUUAUGUGGCUAUCCACCGUUCUACAGUAAUCACGGCUUAGCGAUCUCACCGGGGAUGAAGAAGAGGAUUAGAAACGGAACAUAUGAUUUCCCCAAGGCUGAAUGGAGACAUGUUUCACAGCAAGCGAAAGAUCUGAUCAAAGGUUUAUUGAAGAUCAACCCGGAUGAAAGAUUGACCAUUAAAGAAGUAAUGAGAAAUAACUGGAUUUGUCAACAUGCGACAGUGCCACAAACUCCGCUCUGCUCGGUGCAAGUGUUGAAAGAGGAGGAGGAUAUGUGGGUGGACGUCCAGGAUGAGAUGGCCAGCGCCCUAGCGACCAUGCGAGUCGACUAUGACCAGGUCCGCCUUAAAACAAUUCAGGACAGCAAAAAUCCUAUGCUGGAAAAGCGACGCAAGAAAGCCAUGCAUCAUUAAAAGUGGAUGUGUUGCUAGGUUGUGAAAUGGACGUUAGUCUUCACAGGCAGACUGCAGUGAAUGGUGUAUAAUGGCCAAUGGGAACAGUUGCUUCAACAGUGUUUUGAACUUAAAAGAACAAAAGGUCACAGAAUUGAUUGAAUAAAGUCAUUUAUCAACUUAUCCAGAAGGCUUAAAUUGGAUUUCCUAAUAGGAGAGUUGUUGAUUUCUGAUCCGUUAUUUUUGUGAGAAAUAAACGUCUGAUUAGGAAAAUACUUUGGGUCUUAUCUUGAAAAGAUUGGCAAACUCACCCCUAGACAUGUGGUGCCUCAUUCAGGACACUGUUUGAACUACUGGUAUCAAAAGAUCCGGAAUUCUUCCAAGAAGAAAAUGAAUGAAGUUGUUUUUAUGUAAAAUUAAUUAUAUAAACUACUGGAUGUAAUCAAAGACUUUGAUUUAAGUUCUGCUCUUUUAGAAAACUCUGUGGAUUUCUCUUGGAGGGAAAGUCUAUUUUAAAUUGUAUCUUCCUUGGUAUUAAAAAUCAUGUUAAGAUUCAUGAAUUUCUACCUAAUGUUCACAGACCGCUGUUUUAGAUGUGCUAAUCAUAUCUGGGUCUCAAUACGGUGUGCCACAGACUGUCAGAGGUUCAUCAAUUAUAUAUGUAUAGCAAGAUGGAAUCCUUCCAGAUCUGGGCUAAUGAUUUUGUAUAAAUUUUUUUCUUUGGUUAGUGGGUGUAUAAUGACAUAUAUUGACAUUUUCCUGUUGAUUUUAAAAUCAGGAUGUUAUUUUAAGUCAUGCAAACUACCUCUCUGGGUUGCCGAUUUUGAAAGUCAUAUACGACUUCCUGCCACCAAUAUGUUAUGGAUCAUUGAGCGAUAAUUGUGGAAUGCUGAAACCACCCUUAUUUGUCUCGUUCAAUAUUGAAAAUAGUAUUAUGGUUGCUGGUAUGAUGAAAUGCUAAGUUACGAGCUUGUUGUAACCUUUCAUAUGGAGGGAAGGGCAGUUUUGUUUAAGAUCAGAAAAUGAACUGUUCCAAGAUCAGCACCUCAGUGGUUGAACUCUUGUUACAGAGGCUGAGAGUGCCUUGUUGUUGUUUUCUUUAAAAUGUAAACAUUAUGAGAACAGAACAGUGAUUAUUCUGAGAACAAGCACCAUUCUUUGGUGCCAAUAGCAGUCAAGCUUGCUGAUUCGUCGUCUGCUCUUGUAACAUUUCUUGAACUGUAUGAAGAUUGAAUAUAUUAUUGCGUCCUUGAGAUCAUUAAUGUAUAUAAUUGCUGAAUGAGGAAAAUUAUGAUCAACUUUUUGUUCUCCUUCGUCGUCUUAUCUAUCAUAUCUAUUUGAAACUAUCUAUAUGUGGUUGUUCAUUAUCAUAUCCUAGUGUUGUCUUAUCGGGUGGACAGCUGAGUAUUAUACUGAAGUUAGUAGAAUUUCAAAAUAAAUGGCAGUGUUAUUGGAUGAGUAUGUUCACCUCAUUGAUAUAGGGACCACCUCUCAUCGUAGGACAUAGGAUUUUUAAAACCGUUGUAAGGGUAUUUUUUAUGAAAAUUACCCACAAAAUCUUGAAGGUUUUACCUUCUGAUUUCAAAAUUGUGUUCAAAGUCCAUCAUGUAGGUAAUUUUUUUGUUACUGAGGCAGGCAUGAUCCAAUAUUCUGGAAUUUUUCGCAGAGGCGAUGCUUAAUGGAUUUCUACCUGUUUUGGUGGUCCCAAUUUGGCAGCUUUUGCACUCCUAUGAACAACGAAGUAGGAAUUUUAAAGAAAGGGUGCAUAAAGUGAAUUCACAUACUUGGUACUUCAUUAUUGGAAGCUCUUCGUAAGGGUUGCAAAACCUGCCAAUUGUUUUGAGCUUGGCCAUGUUUGCCACCUGACCACCGAUAUUAUAAUAACUGACCAAAAUGAGUGUCAAGGAGUUAGUUCAUUUGAAAUGAAAUAUGUAGGGUUUGGACAUUCCCAGCCUGUAUCCCAACCUUUGUAAAUAGAGAAACGCCCUUUAGAAUCACUUAUCCUUUAUGUUAUAUUUUCACAGGUUACAAAAGUAAGAAGUCCUGAAUUUGCCUUCUAAUGUCCGGAUCCUUUCUUCUAAAACUGUUUCACAAGAUUUAAAACGCCAAAGUCAUAGUUAAUAAAGUAGUUCGUCGGGAUGACGAUUCGUGCACAUGACUAGAAAGACUCGGGAGACUGCAUAAAACUGUAAUGACUGCCUAACUCUGCACGAAUUGUCAUCCCGACAAACUACUUUAUCAACUAUGACUUUGGCGUGUUAAAUCUUGUGAAAAACAGUUUUAGAAUAAAGGAUCCGGACGUUAGAAGGCAAAUUCAGGACUUCUUACUUUUGUAACCUGUGAAAAUAUAACAUAUAUUUGCAUUCUUGCAAAUAUGAGACAAGAAUACACCAAAUUCAAAAACUUUCCUUGAUAAUUGCCAAUGUGUGUCAGCAAUUUAUACUGUCAAGGGAAGUUUGAAUUAAGACCCAUCUGCAUUCGGAUUACGAGGUCAAAAAUGUGGAAAAUUCUUGAUGGAAAUAAAUGGAAAAUUGAUUCUCCUAGGAGAAUGUAGAGUAUGUAAAUGUAGAUGAGAGAAUGAAUAAUGUCAAAGAAAGCACUGAAAAUGUCAUCACACUUUUUAAACUCGUAGAAUAAAGCAUUCAGUGCCAAAAGAA